AAGGACUUCAGCCCUAAAGAUUAACUCUCAUUCUUUUUUUUUUUCCCAUGACCAUGAAGCUUAUUAACAGUUAUGAAAAAUAUUAAUAUUUAAAACUAAGAAAGAUUAAAGAACAAUUUUUUGAAGUAAAAUUUUAAAAUAAUUUUAAAAAGAUAUAUCAAUUUGUAUGUUUAUUUCUAAAUGAAAAGGCGUGAAAAAACAUCCACUCAAUUCCACUCCAACAUUUUUUAUUGAACACUAAACAAUACCAUUUCCGCUUCCUUUUUAAAAAAAAUAGCAAAGAGUAAAGGUAUAAUUGUUUGUAUUUUGUUGUGGAAUCGUUUCAAAUCUUAAAUAAUAUUCAGUUUUGGAUUCAUAAUUGUUUAAAAUUAUCACCGUAUGUUCUUUAUUUAAUGAUUGAAUAAAUAAUUUAUUUAAGUUGGCAUUGGUAACUACAGAAAAGCACUUUUUUAUUUUUUUGCAAUGAUUGCUUACCAUUUUACCCUAAACAUCACAAUUAAAUGUAAUAAAAUUUAAGAAAUGCUUAUUACUUACUUAUGAAACGUCUUGGUGUAAUUGCAGAUGGUUCAGCGUCUCACUUUCAGGCGCCGCCUGUCCUACAACACUAAUUCCAACCGCAGAAAGGUGUAAGUAAAACCUAUCUUUAUGCAUGAUUAUGUUACUCAUUGGUAUUGAGUCAAUUACCUGGCUGUACUGAAGUAGUAGCCUUGCUUCAAAUGAUUAAAACGAAAAUAGGUUUAGUCUUUAUUAUUUUGUACUCCUAAUUGGCCUAUUUCACAUAUCUCAAGAUAGGGUGUCUACAUGUCCGGCUCGCCGGACGUCUAUCUCCCGCACUAUUUGUCCGGCGACCAAGUCACAUGACCGCCGUAACAAAGUGGCGAGAGAUAUCUUGUCGGUCAGCCUUGUUAAGUGACUGCGAAUGAUUCAAAACUAUUGUUAAUUUUAAAAUCUAUGUCUCUACCAAGUAAUGUACUUAGUAUCUUGAAUGCAAAUAAUAGAAAAAAAUUAAGUGAAAGUGGCUUGUAAACAUUUUUGUUUAGUUAUUUGAGUUUGUGCACCAGUAAUUGUAAUCCAUAAAAUAAAUUAGGGGCCAGUGUGGAGUACCAACCAAUAAAAGUAAAAGAUUUCAUUUUAAAUUGUUAGAAAAAUAUUUAAAAACUUCUCAUGAAACUACUGUUGCUGAUGAACAUGAUAAUAUAAAUAUAGUAUAAAAUAUUGUACAUUAAAAUGGGAGAAAAAAAAUAUCCUAUCCCCGGUAUUGAUCAUCAUAUCAUAUUAUCAUCACGUCAAGCGACCACUCUACCACUAGACCACACAAUAUCUACCAAACUGUACUUCCUUUGGAAUUAUAAAAACUACUAGCCGUCCGGCGGUCACGUGACAUACCGCCGGACGUAUAUUUUGCGCACUAUUUGUCCGGCGCGCCGGACGCGUAGACACUUGGUUGUUUUAAUUCAUUGACUGUGGGAGGCUAGUUGUGCCUAACAAAAAAUGUCUUCCUAUAUUUAUUUCACUUUGGUGUGGCUGCUUCCUAUUAAAAAACCACCCUUUCCCUACUCAUAAUGUUUUAUAUUAAUAGUAUUGAGUGAGGAAACAAAAAAAAGCUGCAGAGUAGUGAGCCCAGGUAAGAAGAUUAGGCCUAUCGUCAUUAAGUCCUGUAGGGAUUGUGUGUAAGGCCAUUGUUUAAAGGCUUGCAUAUAUAAUGAAAUGAAAUUAUUUUUUUUUUGCACUGCUUUGACCAACUGGGUAUUUUCUCUAUACUUAGACCCGGUGUAAAAAAAACUAACCCCUGGGUUAGCCUUAGUAUUAAAUACGAAGUGUCUACAUGUCCGGAGACUGGGUGAAUAAGUUCCAGAGAUAUUCGUCUGGUGACUAAGUCACAUGACCGCCAUAACAAAGUUGCGUGAAAAAUUUGUCCGUCAGCCUUGGCACGUGACAGCUAAUAGCUUAUCAGGAAAAUGGCGUUAUGGCAUGGAUGCAUGUGGGUGGUGAGUUUACUUCAUUUCAACAAAUAAGUGGGGAGGGGCAAUCGAUACUAGGAGGAAGGUAUACUGAGAGAGGUGGGAUAAAAAUGAUACAGAGUGCAAUAAAUAAUUAAGACGAGGAGGUCGAAAGUUCACAAAGAAAUAGACCCUACAUAUUAAUAUUAAUAGCCAAAAAUUAAAAAAAAAAUUGACAGGUCUCUUGACAGUCAACUGGCAAAUAUUGGUCUUAUUUUCUUUGGUUCAUAUUUUAUAUUUUAAAUUUAGGCUGCUAGGUAGAGCUUUAUAAGAUAUUAAAACCAAGAUAAGACUUUUUUUUUUUGUUGUUGAAUUUUGCAGAAUAAUAACACAUAGUUGUCCGGGGGUCACGUGACAUGCCUGUCGGAAGAAUAUCUCCGGCACCUAUUGUCCGGUCGCCAUACGAGUAGACACUGCCUAUUUAUUAAGCAUUGUGCUUUUGAUUUUUUUUAUCACUUUUUGGUAUAGAAUUGAGUAAUAAAUAAACUAUAAAUUUGCCUACCGGUACCCUAAUGAAAUAUGUUCAUACUUAUCCAAAAAAAAAAUGAAUAUAUAAAAAAUAAAUGCUGGUUUCAUCUAAAAGUCUUGCUGGAGAUGGCAAUGUUUAUGUUAUGCCUGAUUCUGACUUUAUAUUUUAUUUUUUACUAGAUCGAAAACACCUGGUGGAAAACUUGUUUAUUUGUACCAGAAAAAGUUAGCCAAGACCCCAAUAUGUGGAGAUUACAAGACAAAAUUAAGAGGGGUGAGAUGAAGAAAUUUAAUUAAUGUGUUAAUAGAUUCUGGUGAUUAGUUAAUGAAAUUAGUUUUUUUUUUUUUAAUAAUAGUUUUGAAAAGAAAAUCUUGUAGUCUAGGGCGUAUUUGUUUUUUUAAUCAAAUUUAGCUGUCAUAAAUUUUUUGUUUCUUGGCAAACACUAUACAAUUAUUUAAAUGGUUUGUUUUUAUUUUUUUAGGUAGCAGCUGUAAGACCCCACAAAUUGGCUGCCAUGAGCAAGAGACAGAAAACUGUAAGUCGUGCCUAUGGAGGUUCUAGGUGCCAUAAAGCAGUUAGAGAGAGGUAAUUUUGAUGUUGUGCUGAUCCUUCUCCUUCCUAUACUAUACUGCCUCUAUCUCACACCUAAUAACAAAGUACUUUUAUCCACUUUCUUGCAUACAUUGCAGUAGUAUGCUUCAUACAAGGAAACUGUUGAAAUUCCCACAUAACUGCUGUUCCCUUCUUCUAUGAGAUCCAGGUGUUUUUAAUCUAUGCGACACAUUUCAUUAUGCCAAAGUUUAGUAUCCCUUUCUUAGCGCUUGCAAAGUUUUCAAGUGAUGCCACUUAUAUACAUUUAGUCUUCAGUCCAUCUAAUUACCGUUUUUUUAAUAAAGGGAUAUUGAUGAUCUUUAUGGUUUAUGAAAACAUUUAUUUGUGUGUGCACAUUGGUAGUCAAUGCCAGCAAUAGUUGCAGUUAAGAUGGCAGUAAUUUUUUGACAGGGUACUAUGGUAUAGAAUUUAAUGGUUAAUAUUAUUAUUAGUGUUCUUAUAUACUGUGGUACCCCAGCUGUAAUCACUGCGUUACAUUAACAUAUUGGCAGUAAUAAACAUAUAACAGUUACAUACGUAUAUUUAAUUUUUUUAAAACACAUUAAUCGUUAAUUUCCUUGAUUUCAUACUUAAAUGAACUUGUUCAUUAAAAGAAAUUUUAACGUGUACAUUAACCCCCUACUGUUAUCUCUGUCUUAAUGACUACUUAUGUGGUGUGACAGCCGAAAUACUCAUCCUCUGCUAAAAUAAGUAAUAUUAUAAAUGUGAUGUGAGUCAGAGGUCGUUAAAAAAGGAGGUAAAUCCUAUCAGAUUAGAUUUCCUUCCUAUUCCUAUUGUUAAAUAUUUCAAUUCUUUUGCAUUUUUCAAAAAAAAAAAAUUAAUACAAUGUAUUAAUUAGAUUUUUAUCAAUGUUCUCUGAAACUGAAAUAAUGUUUUCUGUAUUUCAAAAACUUAUUUAGAGGGUAAAGGGUGCCAUUGUGUGUGUGAGUUGAAUAAGGAUAAAGAAAAAAAUUGCACAUUUGUUCAUUUUGCUGAAAUGUCAAGGUCAUAUUCAUUUCACAUACUGAUACCGGUAGCUCAAAAUUCCAACAUUCUUACCAUAUGAUUCUUUGUCCAAUUUACUAUCAGAAAAUCUAUACCAACAUGGGCCUGCAUAUUUUUGUGAUACAUAUCCUAGUUACUGGUAUGGUACUAAAAAAAAUAAAGAGAUAAGUAUAAAACCAAACCGAUGUGGUUUGUUCAGAGACUGAGAAAGCUGCUUUGUGACAUUGGAAUACGUUUAACUUCAAAUUUAUUUUUUGUUUUGUCUGCUGAUGAAGGCAUUUAGCUGAAACCACCUUUUAGUCAUUCUUUUUAUUUUGUUCCACCAUUUAUUUUAUUUUCACUGAAUACAGUCCCACAUAUGUUAUUACCUUAGUUGUUGGAUCAAUUGUCGUUUUAUUUUAACAAUGGUAAACAUUUUUUUUUUUUUAAGGAUUAUUCGUGCUUUCUUAAUUGAGGAACAGAAGAUCGUGGCAAGAGUACUCAAGGCACAGGAGGCAACAAAGAAACACUGAGCUACUUUUCAUUAAUAAAUUUAGAAAAUUUAUGAACCCUAUUUUUGUUGUUUGAUUUUAAAUUAAAUAUCUUUUGGAUGUUCACACUUGUAAGAAAAAAAGUUGCCAUCAAUAUUGAUUGCUGAGGUUGAUUGGGCAUUAUUAUACCAGUACCAGUAAUAAUAUUUUAUAAACUCCCUGCAUCUUUUACCUUAAGUAGAAAGGUUAUACCAAUUCAAAACGCUAUGAUACCGUAUACAAAAAGACUAGCUUAAACUUGAAGCAUCUUUAGAUCUGUUCGUACAGUUUGGAAUUGGUCUAUAUAGCUUUCUAAAAUUUUAGUUGCCUCUCCUAAAUAACCCACAAACUUGUACAAUUAUAGACUUAAAAUUUGAAGACCACUAUUUCGGGUACUGGUAAUGUAUAGCACAAUGAGUAAAUGGAUUAAAAUGUAAAUCAAUGUGUACCAAACUUUGGUACUGGUGCCUUACUUGUAUAAAACUCACACAAAGCACUUCAUAUUUCAUUUUCAUCUCCACCAAUCGCAUCGGUAUAGUAGGGAAAAUAAAAUAUGAAUGGCCUUGAUGCACACAUUCAAGCAUGGGCCCACAAGGGCAGCAAAUUGCCUCCCUCCCCCAGAUUUUGCUAACUUUUUUUCAAAAUAACUUUACAAAAAAGUCUUUUUACUGCUUACGGUAGUCUAAACAUAAUCAGUACCGGGUACGUAACUGUACUGAAAUAGGAUUUAAAUUUUUGAAAUCUGCAAUUUUAAAAUAAUAACGGUCCACUUGUGGCAGUUUAGUUGUUUUGUUUUGUGAAAGGGAGUACUUUGUCUAUAUUUUUUGCCUUUAUUAUGAAUAAUUUUCAACAUGUUCACUGGUCUACAAUCACAAAGGUGCUAAUGUACAGAGAACGUACCUGCACUUUGUUGUAAUAGCGUUUUUUGAGAUUUUUCAACCCAAGGAGUAAGAAUGGGGUGACUGCCCUUUAUAAAUCAAAGUUAGUACUGUACCGUACAAGUAGAAUUUAUAAUCGCAAAAAAAUAAGUCAUUUUCUUUUCUAUGCUGCAUUUAAUGUUUGAUCAUAUUUUAUUGUAAUGAAAUUUUGGGAAUAUAAAAUAAUAACACUAGUCCACAUCAAACAAAAUUCUUGAUCUUUUCUUAAGAGACAGACCUCUGUCAUAGAUUUGGUAUUUAUUACGAAUUUACACAACUUAUCUAAUGAUAGCUCUUAUUUGAAUUGGUCAUACUAGUAGUAGAUUGUAAAUAUAAUGUUCUUCAUAUUAUCUCGACUUAAAUUUAUAUCUUUGUUACACAACAUCCUACACUUAUUUUAAUCCAUUUACCAAGUCAUCACGAAGUGUUAUCCUUGAAUUUGAAUCGUUCCAGAGACACAUUUGAUUUAGUUAAAUUUAGGAUUAGGAUGGGCGGGAAUGACGAGCAGAUCAGACACGUUUGAUUUAACUAAGGCUGCUUAAUGAAUGGUACCCGGUAUGUUAAAGUAAAGCAGUAUAUACUUUUCUUCUUAAAGUUUUUAUAUACAAGUACCGGUAAAAUAUUUUUUAAAUGGGAAAACAAGAUUCAUGUAAGUUUUGGGCACAUUUUACAUCAGCUCUCCCACUGGCUACGUUAGAGAACUGGGUGUGUAACAUAUUCACAUCGGGUACGCCAGUGGUUCCUACUACAGUAUUUCGAUUCCCGGCGCCCUUGCCAAAUUUAGGUUUUCACAAAGGCGCCUUUUGUUACAAUCUAACAAAUACACUUUGAAAUAUAGCGAUUUCAUCAAAAGAGUUUUUAAAAAUAAUAUAAUAUAAUGGCGUGUAAAAAUACAAUUAAAAAGUAUGAAGUGCCGAAUUUCACUAUGGUAGCCUAUAGGUUAUGUGUCUUAGUGCUCGAAAUAAUAAACUACUU